AUGGCUGCCAAACUCGAUUUUACCACCUUUCGCAAUGUCAUCAAUGGAAAAUUGACCUCUACAGCAGAGACUCGCCAUGGCAUUAACCCUGCCACCGGUGAGCCUAACGCAGAGGUUCCAGUCUCAACCGCUGAAGAUGUAGAUGCUGCUGUGGCCGCUGCCCAGGAAGCAUUCAAGUCGUGGUCCAAGACCUCGCAUGAAGAGAGAGCGAAGGCCGUUGUCGGUUUUGCAGACGCCCUCCAGGCGCACUCGCAACAGUUCUUGGACCUUAUUGUUCGUGAACAAGGGAAGCCAAAACAAGUCGCUGGAUUCGAGGUUCAGACAGCUGUGGAAGCGCUUCGUGCCGAUGCUCAGCUUGAACUGAAACCCACUGUUCUCAAGGAUACCAAAGAAAUGAAAGUUAUCCAGCGCUUUACACCUUUGGGCGUGGCUGUUGGAAUCGUUCCCUGGAACUUCCCUUUAAUGAUCGGUGCUCUCAAAAUAGCACCUGCUGUCAUGUCAGGAUGCACAGUCAUCAUCAAACCAUCACCCUUCACUCCAUACACAAAUCUCAAGGCUGUUGAGCUCGCUCAGCAGUUCUUCCCUCCUGGUGUCAUUCAAGUUCUUAGUGGUGAUGAUACACUAGGACCGAUGUUGACUGAGCAUCCUGGCCCAGCAAAGAUCAGCUUCACAGGGUCGACCGUCACCGGAAAGAAGGUGAUGGCAAGCGCUAGCAAGACCUUGAAGAGAGUCACUCUAGAGCUUGGAGGAAACGACCCAGCCAUCAUUUGUGAGGAUGUCGAUAUAGAGAAAGCUAUCCCAAAGAUUGCAUUCGCCGCAUUUAUCCAUUCCGGUCAAGUCUGUGUGGCCAUCAAACGUAUCUUCGUACACGAAUCUAUCUACGAGAAAUUCCGUGAUGCUCUUGUGAAUGCUGUUAAGCAGUUCAAGGUCGGAGCUAGUGACGAAGAAGGUGUCACCCAUGGUCCUAUUCAAAAUGAAAUGCAGUUCAACAAGGUAAAAGAUUUGUUUGCCGAUAUCGAGAAGGAGAAAUGGACCGUUGCCACUGGUGGACGAAGCGAUCUUGGUCGACCAGGAUAUUUUGUCGAGCCCACUAUCAUUGACAGGCCCCCAAUUGACUCGCGUAUUGUUACUGAGGAGCCAUUUGGACCUAUCGUCCCGAUGGUGGCCUGGAGUGACGAGGCAACUGUCAUCAAGGACGCUAACAACACUAAGAUGGGACUGGGUGCUUCCGUCUGGUCAAAGGAUCUAGACCGCGCCCAGCGUAUUGCCGAUCAACUCGAAGCAGGCUGUAUAUGGAUCAACAGCCAUGUUGAACCAAGCAACGAUGUAUCAUUUGGCGGACACAAGGAAAGUGGUAUUGGAUAUGAAGGAGGAUUGGGUGGUCUGAUGGGAUACUGCAAUGCUCAGUCUAUCCAAAUCACUAAGAAUUAG